UCUCCUCCUGCACGGCUCAGCUCAGCUCGGCUCAGCUCGGCCGGGAGGAACGGUGCACACAGGCGCGCGCACACGGACGCUGAUCCGCACACAAACCGAACCGCCCGCGCGCGGAUCCGCUGGAUUUACCGGCUGCAGGGAGGAGGCUGAGAGAGCACCGGGAGCCGUCCGAGCACCGGGAGGGACCCCGCCCGGACAGCCGCAGCUGUCAGCCAGAGAUGCCAGCUGGAGAGAUGAGCUGUCUGAGGAUGAAGGAAUGAGAAGGAAGGAAGACAAAAAGGAGAGGAACCUCAGCCAGAGGAGAGGAGAAGGAGAGAGGAGGAUGUUGGGAGUUUUGUGAAAGAGGACAGGCGAAGAAAAGGUUCAAUUUUUUUACUUUCAAGUGGAAAAGUCCAAGAAAAGACAGACGGAUUGUCAGUGACAGAAGCUGAACGAGUGAAGGAGGAAACAUCUGGAUGGUCUCCAGUGUUGCGGCCUUCAAAGAUGGCCUCCAACUUCAAUGACAUCGUCAAGCAGGGCUACGUACGAAUGCGCAGCCGCAAGCUGGGGAUCUAUCGGCGUUGCUGGCUGGUGUUCAAGAAAUCUUCCAGCAAAGGACCUCGUCGUCUGGAGAAAUACCCCGACGAGAAGGCUGCCUACAUCAGAGCAUGUCCUAAAGUGACAGAGAUCAGCAAUGUGAAGAACAUCACACGACUGCCACGUGACACCAAGCGACAGGCGGUGGCCAUUGUGUUCACUGACGACACCUCACGCACCUUCACCUGUGAAUCAGAGCUGGAGGCUGAGGAUUGGUUCAAGACGCUGUCGAUCGAGUGUUUGGGGAUGCGACUUAAUGACAUCAGCAUGGGCGAGCCAGACCUGCUGGCUGCUGGAGUGCAGUGUGAACACACAGAGCGCUUCAACGUCUUCCUCCUCCCCUGCCCCAACCUGGACAUCUACGGCGAGUGCAUGAUGCAGAUCACCCACGAGAACAUCUACCUGUGGGACAUCCACAACCCUCGCACCAAGCUGGUCACCUGGCCGCUCUGCUCGCUGCGGCGCUACGGACGCGACGCCACCCGCUUCACCUUCGAGGCUGGACGGAUGUGUGACAGCGGCGAGGGACUCUACACCUUCCAGACCAGAGAGGGGGAGCAGAUCUACCAGAGGGUCCACUCGUCCACGCUAGCCAUCGCCGAGCAGCACAAGAAGGUCCUGCUGGAGAUGGAGAAGAACAGCAGGCUGCUGUCGAAGGGCUCAGAGUCUGGCUCGUACCCCUGCACCCCCACCGCCAUCCUGCCCCGAUCCGCCUACUGGCACCACAUCACUGGAAACCAGACCGGCAUGGAUCCCGGCAGCGGUGACGCCGCGGAAGACGAGCUGCUGUCCACCCGCCUGCCUCCCGACCGCCACGCGACGCUGCCCCUGGCAAACACACACACGCAGUCUCAGCCACACAUACACACACACUCCCCGACACACUACCCCACCUUCCCCGGACAGUGACACACACACUCACACAGGUGUGCGUGGACUUUGAAGACACACACAGGACCCACAUGCAUGCAGACACACACACCGGACACUCCCUCCUUAUAUCUGACAGCCCAACAUCACACCUCACAGGAUGGAGGGACGCUAACAGCGGCCGGCACGCCGUCCUGAGAGCGCGCUUCCUGCGGCUGCGUCCUGCUGUGUGACGUGAGGACUGAAAGCUCUCAGCUUCAAACCAGAGACAGAGUGAAGAUUGUACGGACGUUUUUAUACUGAAUUUCUACUGCAGCUUCCUUUUGAAAUCACAACAAUAAUGAGCGGCAGCCUGACACGCACACGUGGACCGACGCAGGCCUGUUAGCGUCCUGCUGCUCGCUCAGCUGCUUCCUCCUCCUCACACCAAACAUCAGUCUGCCGUCACGUGUAUGAAGAUGUGUUUUGAUCUUUAUUUGACCCGCCCACAGUCACAGCGUGGCUACUAGAAUAAGCAAGAAUUCAGUUAUUAAAUGACAGAAUUUAUUUACACCUCAGAAAGUUAAUUUGUAAUUGUUGGAUUUGCUUGUUAGGUCUGACGUCUUUAACCGUUUCCAGGUCCGAAUCCUCCUUCAUUCCUAAAAUCAGGAAAACUGAGGAACCGCUGAGGGUGGAAAACAGUCCAGAUAAUCCAGUCCAAUAAAACAUCUGUGCAGCUGUUCGCUCGGCUGUGACAAUAAAGUUUAAUCAAAAGAAGGAUUUAUGAGGUGAGCAGGAAGAAAGCUCGCUCUCUGGCUGAAGGAUUAAAAAGACUACAAAAACACGGCGAAUGUGUCUGAACUACAGUUCAUGUCAUAGACUGUAUAUAAAGGAUGGAUGUAGCUGCCCAGAUGUGACCCUGAUGGGAUAUGAUGUCUCACUGGUAAUGACCAUCAUGCAGUGAAACGUGGACCAGCAGCUGAGAGCUAAACUUCAGCACUGAUGCCACUUUUUAGCUCUGUCCAUCUUUCUUUACAGUCUGCACACCGAGUGUACGCGUCGGGCUCUCGGCAGCGCUGACCGAGCUCGGUCGCUCAGAUGUCUCGGGGUGGUUUGGAUCUCUCGAUGAUCCCGAGCUCACUCUGAAGUCAGACGCUGUGAGUUUUUAAACACGUGCUGUGCGUGAACAGAGCUGAUAAAAAGCUGCACAGGACCUGGAAGAAGUUCUCUGAGGUCGUCUCUUAACAAGCAGAUCAUCUUUAGGCUUAAAGUAAAAGAAGUCAACACCAUGAAUGUCAUCAUAUAGAAACCUUAGGCUGCUUUAAAGCAUAUUCAGGCCCACGUGGUUGCAUUACUGUGGCUCCCUGCACAGCUUAGGUUGUUUUUUAUAGUGACAAAACUAUGAAACGCCAACAUUUGGUAAAAUUUCCACUGUUUUUAUGGAUGUAGGAGGAUUGAAGCGAUGUAUGAUCCUGCUGCACGGUGCCUUAACAGCACCACGAGGACUGUGAAGACACGCGUGUGAAGAACACGUUUAUCACAUGUGGAUGAAUGCCUUUGAUUUCACUGGUAGACGUGACUCUGCAGCUCCAGGAUCUGCUCGGCUCCGAGCUGAGCCCUGGCUGCGGUUUUUCUUAUCGAGUGAUUCCUAAGCUCUCCGGGAUGUGUCUUAUUACACCUUCAUCUUUUUACACACCCCUGUUAUUUUCUCAUCAUCCACGGGUUUUAGGGACAUUUGCCUGUCAGUAACUGAUGUUCACUGUCCUUACAUGUCAUUGUUCAGUUCUCACUUUUCCCUCUGACAGAUGGAAAACUCUCAGCCUCUCUGCACAGGUAGACUUCGUCAGUUUGAGCCUCACAUUUGUGCAGCGUUUCUUCUGGUCCGUAGCCAUGUGUGAAGAACUGGUACCUUCAAAUCUGAGCAGGAAACAGGUGGAGUCCCUCCGUACGGGUCAGGCAGGUGUAGCUCCACCCAGUUCUUUAAGAGCUCUUGGGCUGUUGUUCACAACAGAUCACCAAAUGGAUCUGAAGUGAUGUGGAUGCCGUCGGUGUUACCCUCACCUUUGACCCCGAGCUGUGGGUAGCGAUCGUGAGAAUUGUAGAUACUGUGAGCCUCCUCUGAAGGAGGAGCUCAGUCUUUCAGGAGGAGGUCAGAGUAUGGAGUCCUUCACACUGGAAGGAGGCAGUGUGACGUGUUUGGGAGGAGACCCCAGGCCAGACUCAGGACACAGUUUGUGUCUCUGAGCUGGCCUCGGUGCUUCCCCAGAAGAGCUGCACCAGUUUAAGCCUGAUAGACUGCUGCCUCCAGAUAAGCUGUAGAAAAUGGAUUUGUGGGUGUAAAAUAGGAAAAUGUGUUCAAACACUGACACGAGUAGAAGUGGAAAUAACACAGGUUAGGUUUCACUUCUGCCCUGAGGUCACACCAGAGGCUUCACUGGGUCCCUGAGGCAGUCUGCGAUAUGACAAUAGAGAAACCCUGAAGCUGCAGCAGCGCUGGCAUCAGCAGACAGAUAGCAGCACAGUUAAUCACACACGGCCCGUUUUUCUGCUUCCAUUGAGUCCAAAUAGUCCAGGUGGUCAGGACGUUAUCUUGGAUAGCACAGCCAUCGUUUCUGUCAUCAGUAAUAUAAGGAAUGACCUGCCGUGGCUCAGACGGACCACAGAGCGCUCGGUUUGGAAACUAAAGUUCUUCAAACUUAUAUGGAGGAGUUCAGAGCGAUGAUGUCUGAACGGGUCGAGGCUGGUUCUGGAUUGGUUAUCGAUCAUUGUCGAUGGCGUCAGAGGAGAACGGCAGGUGCUGCCUUUGUCUUCUCUCACACUGAGCUGUACAGGUGAGGUGGAGGUGGGUGGGGGGAAAUUCCAGGACAGCAGACGCACGUCGUGGUUUUUCCACCGUGGGCUCCGAUCAGCUUUCAGCCGCUGCCUUUUGACUCCGCCCUCGUCUUUUUUCAGACUUGAGCUUUUUUUCCGUGUCGUACCCGGACUGUGCGCUGUGACUAAUGCUGGAUUCCUCCUCUGUCACCAUCAUUAGUUGUUUGUCCAUCACUGAAACAUGACAGGGCUACGCAUUUCAUCUGUCCUCCACAUGAUGGAAGCUGUGUACAUAUCUGCUAAUUAUUUCAUGUGUGUGUGUGUGUGUGUGUGUGUGUGUGUGUGUGUGUGUGUGUGUGUGAUUACUGGAACAUGUGUUCAUAUAAAAUACACACACACCCUUUUUUGGACCUUGUGAUGUAGAAGAAGCUGCUCCACCUUGUCAGCAUGGAUCUUCAUGAACCAGAAGAACACGUUUUGGAUCCCGUCCUGCACCGCCCCCUCACGCCGCGUCCAUCCGUCCGUUCGCUCAUACAUGUUCACGCCUGUGCCGCGCUGCAGUUCUUCUUUGUAGCAGGAGGAAUCAUGCAGAGGGGUGUUUCAUAAAGAAGGAGCAGGACAGACCACACUUAAAGCUUCAUGUUUGUCGAAGAAUAAAAGAAAACUUUGACCCUAAAAACAGAAACGAAGAAAACAUCUUGUCUGCAGCUGGAGGCUCAGAGCAAGUCAAAAACUCUGUGAGUUUAGUUUCAGGGGCCACUGGGACAGAAGAGCCGUCGAAAUUAUUUUUAUUUUAAAGAAAAACUUUACAGAAUUUUUCCCAAAACAAGGUUUUUGGAAAUUAUACCAACCUGUCCCGCAGAUUUCUGCUUUGAGGGCCACGUCUCAUGGUAGCACAGGAAUGUCGUGUCACAUUAUCGCGCUAAACCCGGUGUAUUGGGCUGAUUCCAGCCUGCUUGUUCGGGUUUCCUGCUGAGACUCGAGUCUUUAUGAAACCCCCUUCUGGCCUCACACACCUAAGUGCUCGGUGGAAGCGCUGAUUGAUGGACGAGGCUGGGAAGCGAGACGGGAAGUGACGGCUUCCCUGCAGCAGUCGUAGUGUGUCUGUGAUUGUAGCGUCAUCUCUCACCACCGGCCGUGACCUCCCCUCAGCUUUGUAACCGAUGACGAUAAAUGCCGUUUCCACCCGCUCACACUGUCCACACAAAGUGCAUGUUUUAGAGAAAAUAAAGUUCAUUAUUACUGAAGGAUGCGGCUCCCUGCUGUGAUGUCAGUCCUUACAUUCUCACACAUUUUGUUUUACCUCUUAUUUUAUUAUUUUAUUACAUUUUGAAGCUGCUUGUAAAAUAUUCAAUAUUAAGUUUUUUGUGUAUCAAAUGAUUUAACGAUGAAAGAUCUGACAGUUGUAGGUAGAAACCCAGCGAUGAUGGUGUGAGGGAGGAAUGAAAUGAAAGGUUUAGCUCACAGCACAGAGUGUGUGCAGUAAUGUGCAGAAGGAUCUGCCUCCUCCCAGAUAUCUUUGGGUUUUGGU